GGUUUGACUUUAAUACUAAUUUUUAAUUUAGCAACAUAAUACGUAGCGUAAAUUGUGGAAUGCAAGAUUAAUUACUAAAUUAAUGCAUUUAAAGGGUAGAAUUAAAAAAAAAAACAAAAAAAUUGGUGUCUAACACAUAGACGGGCAGGCAUUGGACACCUCCCUAAACAGGCAUAACAAUUCCAAAAUUCAAAGUGAGCAUAAAGCACAAAAAUAAAAAAAUGGAAGGAGAAAUCCAGCACAAGUUAGUGAAAACAAACGGUAUAAAGAUACACAUAGCAGAGCAAGAAGGUAAAGGAGAGGACCCCUUGUACUUUUUGUUGCUUGGAUUCCCUGAAAUUUGGUACUCAUGGCGCCACCAAAUCCCCUUUGUAACUAGCCAUGGUUAUCAUGUCGUAGCCCCUGAUUUGCGAGGUUAUGGUGAUUCAGAUGCACCAUUGAGAUGUAAUUGUCGAUGCUCUUAUACCAUGCUCCAUAUUGUUGCUGAUAUUUUAGGACUAUUGGACUACUUUGAUGAAGAAAUGGCGUUUGUGGUGGGUAGUGACUAGGGAGCUGUGGUUGCAUGGAACUUGAGUUUACUUAGGCCUGAUCGAGUCAAAGGAGUGGUUUGCCUCUCUGUUCCGUAUUUCUCUAGAGACCCCUUCACCAAGCCUACUGACUCUUUCCGGCAAUCUUUUGGAGAUGACUUCUUUGUCUGUCAAUUUCAGGAAUCAGGAAUAGCAGAGAGAGCAUUUGCAAGGUAUGAUUACCUGACAGUGACGAAGAAAUUCUUGCUGAUAGGGAGAAUAGACAAUCUGGUAGCUCCAGAAGGUAUGGAGAUCAUAGACUAUCUAGAGACUCUGUCAGUCUUGCCACCAUGGAUUACCGAAGAAGAGCUUCAGGUUUACGCAGACAAGUUUCAGGAGUCUGGAUUCACCGGCCCUCGUAACUAUUACCGCAAUAUGGACCUGAAUUGGGAGCUCCUCGCACCCUGGCAGGGAGCAAAGAUAACAGUUCCAGUCAAGUUUAUUGUCGGUAAAAAAGACAUUGGCUUUGAAAAUCUUGGAACAAAGGAGUAUAUUGAAGGCUCUAUCUUUAAGAGCCUUGUCCCUGAUCUACAAGUUUGUGUCCUUGACGGUCCCCAUUUCAUCCAACUGGAGAAACUGCAGGAGGUGUCCAAUGAGAUAUUAUCCUUUUUUCAAGAUCUUACUCCAGAACAAAUUUAGGUUUUCUAAAUCCAACUGAUAUCCUUUGUACAA